AUGUUUUGUGCAGGCGUUCAUACACCAGAGAGCAGAAGUUUCAAGCUACAUCUUACCAUCUGUGAUCUCCAAGGUUUAUCAUCAUCAGAGUUGCUGAAUAAGGAAUCUGCCAAUAUGAUUGUACAGAUAGAAUGGGUAGGUCCCAGAAAAGCUUACCUAUUACGAGGAGCAAUUCAAAGGAAUUGCACCUCCAAACAAAGCGCACACCCAGAUGGGAGUGUCACUUGGAAUGAAUGUUUUGAUCACCACUGCAAGUUGAAACCCAGGGACUCCAAGGGUUUCAGAAGAUGGAUGAUCAACCUCCAAAUUCUUGAAUUUGGUUCAGCAUCAAACAGGCCAGCAUCAAUUAUUGUAUCUAAAUCCAAAGUAGAUAUUGCUGCAUUUGCUUGUCCAACUGCAAAUUCAGAACAAAUUGUCAAAUUUCCAGUCAAGUAUUGCAUCAAUGGUUCCACUUCCACCCAUGUGGCCACGCUAACAAUGAAACUCAGCUUCUUUGAGAUCCAAAGUGAACACACCAACAGCACUGUACAUCCAAUUUCUCCAAAACUGUUGUUACCCUCUCUGUCAUCAUGCAUAAGAUUUCAGAAUCAAACUGAUGACAAGGGAUUCAUAAAUAUCGAAGAGCAAGCUGGAAUAGAAUUCUCCAGAGACUGGAACUGUUCUCCAGUGAAAUCAAAUGGUUCAUCCAAUUCAGAAUCAGAUGAGGAAUCUGAACUAACCUACAGGAACCUGGCAAUGACAAAUCUACUAAGCAGUGAUACUGCGUGUGAAAAUUUCAAUAACAAGAAGGAUGAGAACUGGGAUGCAGGCGAUCCGCUAAAUUACCAGGUCAAGCAGAAACCUUCACUGAUCAGACUUCUCUCAUGGAACAAAUGCAACCAUAGUUUCAGAGUGCCUAAUUUUCCUAGAGGUACACCUCUCCUGAACAAAGCAAAUGGUGAAGAUGGGGGAGAUGAUAUUGACAAUGAUCGACGCUGCCAAUUAGCUUCCUCACAAGCAAGAUGCAGUCAGGGCGAAAGUGAUUCUGGGUCUUGUGCAUUUACAGGCAGUGAUCGGUUUGAGAUAGGCACCUGGGAAAAACGAAAACUGGUAAGCAGAGAUGGGAAACUGGAGCUAGAGACAGAGAUAUUUCUGGCUUCCAUUGAUCAGCGGAGUGAGAGAGCAUCAGGUGAAGGUGCCUGCACAGUGCUAGCUGUGACUAUUGCUGAUUGGCUCCAUCAGAACCCAGAAAUCCUACCUCUGAGAUGCCAACUUGAUAAAUUGGUAAGAGAAGGAUCUUCAGAAUGGAGAAACUUAUGUGAAAGUGUGGUCCACAUGAAAGAAUUUCUGGACCAACACUUCGACCUUGACACAGUCUUACAAGAACAAGUUCGACCAUUAACAGUGAUCCCAGAGAAGUCGUAUGUGGGCUUCUUUGAGCUGGAAAACAUGCCAAAUCGGUUGGAAUUCCUGAAGGGUGCCAUGUCCUUUGACAGUAUAUGGGAGGAGCUGGGAAGGCGUGAACGAACAAUAGAGGAGGAAAUCUACAUCGUGAGCUGGAAUGAUCACUUUUUUGUUCUCAAGGUAGAAGUGAAUGUGAUUUAUAUAAUUGACACACUAGGUGAGAGGCUGUUUGAAGGCUGCAAUAAAGCCUUCAUUUUAAAGUUCAACAUAGAAAGUAAGAUUUUCAAAGCACCGAGAGAGAGAAGGAAAAGGGAAGUGAACUCAGAAGCAAUCACAGAAAAUCAUUCAACCAAUGCAGGAGAAGAAGAUGAGACCAGUCACAGGGAAUUAGUCUGUCAAGGAAAGUCUACCUGCAAAGAAUUUAUUAAGGGGUUUCUAGCAGCUCUUCCUCUCAGAGAACUUCAAGCUGAUAUUGAAAAGAAAAUUAUUGGAGAAGCUCCUCUUCAUCACCUUCUGCAAAUUGAGUUUCACCACACGGCUCCAUGCAACAGAAACUCACACAUCAAAAGAUGGAGUUGAUCUUAAUCAAUCAGGCGGAAGGACUAAGCUUGAAAAAUUGGGGUGGAAAAAUGUAAUGGCACUGUAAUUGACAACUUUAAACGAAGAAUUUAUACACCA